AUGGGUAGCUUGUGUUCGUCUGAAGGCUGGAAAAGUUGGGAGGGAGAAGCAGUCGAGGUCAAAAUGCAGAGAAAACGGUCAACGGUGCAGCCGUUGAAAUUCAAAUCUACUGGACUCUACAAUGGAAAACAGAUCACCAAGCUGCCCUUGGCGGACGCUGCAAAUGUAUUCUCCUUCAACGUGCUCCCUGUAGUGUAG